AUGAGAAAGAGGGAAAGCAGGAGAAAACAUCUUGCAGAUAGGAAGCCUGCUUCUAAACAAAGAAGGAGACCUCCUACCACAAGGCAGAAGUCACAAGCAAGAUUAGACUCUGCCUUAUUGAUUAACAAAGCAAAGACUACUAGUAAGAGGCGGAGGAGAGUACAUUUAGCAAAUUUGAGUAAGUUGAGAGAUGAAGAGGAAAAAGUGAUUGCGAUGUCUGAUGGAGAAGAAGAGGAUAAGGAAGCCACCUUUCUCAGAAAAAACUCAAAAAGUACAGGAACGUCAGUGGCUGUUGAGAAGAAAACUGUGGUUGAAGGAGCUGAUGAAAGUGAAAAGGAAGAAGCAGUGGCAGAGGGGAAGAAAGCAUUAAAAUCUUCAGUGAAAAGAAAAAGCGGUUUUAGUGAGGAGGGAGGCUCUUCCAAAAGAAGAAGAGUCUGUAUCAAAGGGCUUGGUUCCUCAAGGAAAAGAAAGCAAGCCCUAGAGGAGGAAAGACAACACAAUCUACAAGGGCAGAAAGUUUUACUGGGAAGAGUAAUUGAUCCAGAGCUUGUUGGACACAAAGCAUUAGAGAAAUUAAUGAAAGUGCCCAAAUCUCAACAAUGGGAUCACCUAAUGGAAGGUCCUGCAGUGGUUUAUGAGAAUGAAGUAGCCGAUUUCUUUGUAAAUAUUCAGUAUACUGAUGACUACUCAUUGGUUUGCCAAGUUGAUGCAGUGGAGUUCACCCUCAAUGAAGAGCUGCUGGGGAAAAUUCUUGGUGUUCCAAUUCAUGGAGUAAGUAGACUGGAGGAAGGCGACAAAGCUACUGCGGACUUCAAGCUUUACCUAUUUAAAAGGGGACAACAUGUUACCACUGAGACCAUAUGUAAGAAACAAAUGAAGUCUCAUUAUCAGUUGCUCUUUGAGUUUGUGAACAAGGUCAUGCUUCCUCGGACUGAGAAAAGGUAUAUUUCUUCCAAGACGGACCUGGUCCUUAUGGAAACUUUGGAUGGUGGCCACUCGAUCAGUUUGCCUGGAAUAAUGUUGCAGCACAUGAUAAAGGUGGUGGAUGUCAAGGAUGGUAAGCAUGGUCUGCCCUAUGGCUUUCUCCUUACCAAAGUGUUUGAGCAUUUCAAAGUGCCUCUUGGUAAAGCCUCCAAAGGGACCAAGAAGCAAAUGUUCUCUAUGUCCACCCUGGAGGAGUGUGAAUGUGUCAUAAAGAAGGGAGGAGCAGGGACCACAUCCACUAUAUCCGGUCUGAUUGAAGCGAAUGAGAAAAUCUGGUUGAUGUUGAGGUUACAGGUUGAGAACACCCUGCUGAAGGCAGAGAUCACCAAACUGAAGUUAGAGGGACCUGGCCCCAGUGGUGAUACAACGAAUGAAUUUGUAGAGUUGCGAGAGGUUAAUUCUAGUCUCAUGAAGAAAGUUGCCGAGCUCCAGGAGAAAAUCAUGGCUAAUCACAAAGCCGCGGACGCUAGACUAGACAUGAUUUUCAAAUCUUUCAACACUGUCAGCUCUUCCAACCCUACCCAACCCUGA